AUGGAACAAAAGUUGAUGCAAGAACAUUUAGCAAAUGGAUGUCUAAAUGCACCUAUUGAAAUAAAACAAUUUGAAAUUGUUUUACGUAAAUAUCAAAAUGAUGAUUUUUUGGAUAAAGUAAAUUCUUUGGAACAAGGACAACAAAAUAAUAUUACUUUAGCAAUGGAUGGACUGAUCCAGCCAGAAGAUCUAUAUAUAACUAACUAUAUAACAUUAACUUCAAAUGGCCAAGAAUAUUUAUUGAAUCUAAUGGAUUAUUCUGAAUUUUCUCAUACAGAAGAUUUUUUGGCUAAAGAAAUAGAACAAACUUUGAUUUUAAAUGGUAUUAGAAGAUUUUCUGGAAUAGUCACAGAUGGAGCUGGAAAUGUUAAAGUAGCAAGGGAAAUUGUCAAUAAAAAAUACCCAAAUAUCUUAAAUUUAAGAUGUAUUACACAUUUUAUAAAUCUAAUAACCAAAGAUAUCAUUGAAAAAUUUUUAUGGGGUUAUAAUGUUCUUCACAAUUGUUUGAAAAUGGUUCUCUGCAUGGGAUUGCUUGAAUUCUGUGAAAAUGGCUUGAAAUGGAUUGUUUCAGAAAAUCCUACAGUUAUAACUAAUAGAGAUAAAAAUUACUAUAAUUGCAGUAAUGGGGUGGAAUCAUGUUCUGAAUUUCUUUGUCAAUUAAGAAAAUAUAAGUUGAAUGAAUCACCAUAUGAUAGUCCAUAUACUAGACUGGAUAAUCCAAUUAAUUGGUGGUCUACAUGCGAAGAUGAUUAUAAUAACUGGCAAUCAAAUUAUUUUCUAAUUGAAGAGAUUGUAAAUUUAAAUGGUCCAAUUUUUGAUACAAGUGAAAUUACUGUCAUUAAUAAAAGUAUUUCAGAAAGAAGAAUUGAAACAAUUAAUUAUGUAGCUGAAGAUAUUGCUGAAGAAUUUUUGGUAGGAUUGGAAGAUAUAUAA